CCAGGGCAAGCGGAAUUGAAGCAGCUAAUGGAUGCUGCUGGUGCCUUCCUUUGGAUGGUGAUGCAUAUUAUUCAUUAUGAUGUCGACGGACAACUGAGUCGCAUCAAGGCAACGUACCUCUUCUUUUCUUGCCCUCCCUCCAUCCUAGCUUUUGCAUGGUUUUUGCUUUUCUUUUUGUCCUGUCCAUCCAAGUGAUUUCUUAUUUAGAAACUGACUUGUAUCUGUCUCCUUUUUAAUCAGCACAAAAACACAAGUAGUAGAACAACACAAGUGCAUUGUGGAUUUGUGCAGACUCAAAAUGGUAAAGAAAAAGGAAGCUUUGAAGAGAAAAUAAAGAAAGAGGAGGGGAAAAGGACGGUUUGGUAGUUACUACUCCUUAUAGCGCUGAGUCAGACGCGUCCCCUCCCGUCCCCUUCCCUUCCCUUCCCUUCCCCCGCUUCUCCUCCCAGGCUCCAGCCUCCAGGCCUCCUCCCCCAUCAAGUCAAGAACAAGGAAAGCUGCAGGCACGCAAUCAUGGGCACCACCUACAAGUGCUGCCUCAUCUUCAAGCGCCGCUUCCAGUCCCGGGACGCCGCCCCGCCCGACGAUGUCCGCGCCCUCUUCAACCUCCACUCCGGCGGCGGGACCCACAUGGGCGCCGACGGCCUGCGCCGCUACCUCGACGCCACGGAGGACGCGCUGGACGACGGCGAGGUCGACCGCCUGCUCGACCAGAUCCGUAUCCAGCAGCAGCAGGGCCGCGCCCGCCUCCCCCGCCUCUCCCGCCCGCUGCUCGCGCUCGACGACUUCCACCGCUACCUCUUCUCCCACGACCUCAACCCGCCCAUCCGACGCCCGCAGGUGCACCACGACAUGUCCCACCCGCUCUCCCACUACUUCAUCUACACGGGCCACAACUCCUACCUCACCGGCAACCAGCUCAGCAGCGACUGCAGCGACGUCCCCAUCAUCAAGGCGCUGCAGAGGGGGGUGAGGGUCAUAGAGCUCGACAUGUGGCCAAAUUCAGCAAAGGACGACAUCAACAUCCUACACGGCAGGACAUUGACCACCCCAGUUUCACUCAUCAAAUGCCUGCGGUCCAUCAAAGAAUAUGCCUUUGUGGCGUCCCCCUAUCCUGUCAUCAUAACGCUCGAAGACCACCUUCCGGCUGACCUCCAGGCAAAAGUUGCCGAGAUGGUCCUUGAAGUAUUUGGCAACACACUCUUCUACCCCGGAACCGAUCAUUUCAAAGAAUUCCCAUCACCUGAAGAGCUCAAGGGCCGCGUCCUCCUCUCCACCAAGCCCCCCAAGGAGUACCUUGAAGCCAAGGUUGGCACCAUGAAAGAGGGUGACGCUGACCCACAUCCUGGCAAAGGAGCUGCUGAUGAUGCCGCGUGGGGAAAAGAAGUACCGGAUUUUCAGACUGAGAUUCAGUCUGCUAAUAAGCAGCAUGAUGAUGAUGGCUCAGAUCACCAAAGAGAUGACGAAGAGGACGACGACGACGAUGACGACGAGGAACAGAUAAUGCAUCCUCAUUCAGCUCCACAGUAUAAACAGCUUAUUACUAUUAGAGCAGGGAAGCCAAAAGGCUCUCUGGCUGCUGCCUUGAACAGUGAUCCAGAUAAAGUUAGGCGUCUCAGUUUGAGCGAGCAACAACUUGCCAAACUGGCAGAGGAUCAUGGAACUGAAAUUGUGAGGUUCACACAGAGAAACAUAUUGAGGAUAUACCCCAAGGGAACUCGUGUUACUUCAUCCAACUACAACCCAUUUCUUGGUUGGGUGCAUGGUGCUCAAAUGGUGGCCUUCAAUAUGCAGGGAUACGGAAGAGCCCUUUGGCUAAUGCAUGGAUUUUAUAAAGCCAAUGGUGGGUGUGGUUAUGUGAAGAAACCAGAUUUCUUGAUGCAGACAGAACCAGAAGUGUUUGACCCAAGGGAACGCCAACCUGUGAAGAAAACCUUGAAGGUCAAGGUGUACCUGGGUGAUGGGUGGCGGAUGGACUUUAAGCAGACACACUUUGAUCAGUAUUCUCCUCCAGAUUUCUAUGCGCGGGUUGGCAUAGCUGGAGUCCCAGCAGACUCGAUGAUGAAGAAGACCAGGGCGAUCGAGGAUAACUGGGUGCCAGUAUGGGAGGAGGAGUUCACCUUCCCCCUGACCGUCCCGGAGAUCGCUCUGCUACGGGUGGAGGUGCACGAGUACGACAUGUCGGAGAAGGACGACUUCGGAGGGCAGACGGUGCUGCCGGUGUCGGAGCUGCGGCCGGGGAUCCGGGCGGUGGCGCUCUUCGACCGCAAGGGAAACCAGUACAACCACGUGAAGCUUCUCAUGCGCUUCGAGUUUGUCUAGUCUGAGUGCCGACGCCCUUUCUGUUUGCAUUAUAUGUUUAAUUUGUGUGAAUAUGCAUAAGUGAUUCUGGGAGUUGAGUGUGCUCUCUCAUCGUUUCUUUGUACAUAGAUUGGAAUUGGAAUUGGAUUGUAUGGUUGUUCUGAAUCCAGGACGCUGAUCGAUCACUAAUACCUAUUGCGUU